UUUCAUUACAGAGGAAUUCAACUUUUUUUAUGCAUGCAUUCCGCGAUGCACUGCAUCAACAAAACCCUCCUAGAGCUUCAUGCACACUCGGUUAAAGCUUAGACCAAUACAAAGUGUCAGCGAAGAGACAGAGCCAAUGAGAGGUCACAGUUGCGAUGAUUUAGGAAGAGGGCGAUUCGUCCAUGUAACGGGACUCUUCACGGGAAGGGACGUUUACUGCCAUCCGUCACGAAAUCGAGCGUAAUAUAUUAUUUAAGAUGCAGUUCAUGCUGCUCUUUAGCAGGCAGGGAAAGCUGCGACUUCAGAAAUGGUACGCGCCCCUGUCUGACACACAGAAGAAGAAAACCUCUCGUGAGGUGAUACAGAUGGUGCUGGCACGCAAACCCAAAAUGUGCAGUUUUCUGGAAUGGAGGGAUCUGAAAAUAGUGUAUAAAAGAUAUGCCAGUCUUUACUUUUGCUGUGCUGUGGAGGACCAGGAAAAUGAGCUGAUAACCCUGGAGAUCAUCCACAGAUAUGUGGAGCUGCUGGAUAAAUAUUUUGGCAGUGUAUGUGAACUGGACAUUAUCUUCAACUUUGAAAAGGCCUAUUACAUCUUGGAUGAGUUUAUACUGGGUGGAGAAGCCCAGGAGACAUCAAAGAAGAAUGUUCUGAAAGCCAUAGAGCAGGCUGACAUGCUACAGGAGGAUGCCGAGACACCACGUAGCGUUCUGGAGGAGAUUGGACUGACAUAAAACUUUAGAAUUCAUCCUGUCCAAAUACGAACACAUCUUCUUCUGUGGACAUGCUCUCUAUGUCUGCUUUUUAGGUUAGCAGUGUUCUAAAAUCCGCACUUCCAACAGAAACAAUUAGGUAUCGAAGUCUGUAUUUUUUACUGACAAUGUCUUAGGGAAUUGAGCACAUUGAAAUCUACACCUCUAAGUUCUGGUACUGUAGAUAUGCAAAUUUCCCAUAGUGUUCAUCUGUUUGGGUUCAGGUUUAGGACAGUACAUAAUAGCACAGAUUUGUGUCCGCAUCAUCAUACCUUUCUUGCCAUGUCCUCUCUCUUAAAACAUUACCUCUCACCUUCAGCUGCCUUAAAAUACUUAUCUGAUACAAUUUGCCAGUAUUUUAUGCAACUCCCUGUUGGUCCUGAUCAAUGCAAUGUGGGCCUGAAUCUGUCUCUGUUUAAGAAAAGAAACUGCAGAACUGUUAGGGACCAAACUUUCUUAUUCUGUUUAAAAAAGGGAAAUACAAAAAGUGACGACAGAUAACAUUGCAGACAUUUGGUAGAACUGUAAAUUGGACACUGAGAACUUUUUUCAACAAUGUUUAAGUCUUCGUGUAUUCAGUAUUAGUGACCAGAUUAACAACUAACGGUUACAAUUUUAUGUCCAUGCCAAAGAAUCUUCUUCACCAUUUUCAUGCAUAUUUUUCAUUUAAAUCACGUUAUCUUUGUAUACUUUCUUAUUAGACUAUGAUUAUCUACCUUUCUCUUGGAAAUACAUGUCCUAUGAAGCUUCAUCAAAACGAAAUUAAAAAUAAAAGUGAGAUAA